CGGCGGCCGCCCGUGUCGGCUCUCCCGAUGUGUGUGUGAGACGGCGGCUGCGGGAGGAGGAGGAGGAGGAAGGGGGAGCCUCCCGCCCCGGCCCCGCUCGCUCUCCGCUCCGGCCGCUCGUUGUGCGCGAGAGACAGACACACACAGCCCGCGCCCAUCCCUCCUCCCUCCCGCCCCUUCCCUCGCCCCGCAGCCCCAGGAGGCCGGAGCGGGCGCGGUGCUGCCACCGCGUCUCGGAGCUCCCUCGGCCCGGCCCGGCCACCGCCGCCGGAGGAGGAGGAGGAGGAGAAGGAGGAGGACGAGGCGGGCGGCCCAGCCAUGAGCGGCGGGGAGGUGGUCUGCUCGGGCUGGCUCCGAAAGUCACCGCCGGAGAAGAAGUUGAAGCGCUACGCAUGGAAAAGGAGAUGGUUUGUGCUUCGGAGCGGCCGUUUAACAGGAGAUCCAGAUGUAUUGGAAUACUACAAAAAUGACCAUGCCAAGAAGCCUAUCCGUAUUAUUGACUUAAACUUGUGUCAGCAAGUGGAUGCUGGAUUAACAUUCAACAAAAAAGAGUUUGAAAACAGCUACAUUUUUGACAUCAACACUAUAGACAGAGUUUUCUAUUUGGUGGCUGAGACUGAGGACGACAUGAAUAAGUGGGUUCGCAGCAUCUGCCAGAUCUGUGGGUUCAACCCUACAGAUGAGGAUGCUGUGAAGCCCCCAGCCAAUUCUUUACAAGCAUCUGCUGAGUUACCUUUGCCUAUCAACACUUCACCACCUUCCAUGCAAGCAGAAUCUUCUCUACCUCCUCCUUAUCAGCUUAUUAACAUCCCCCCACUGGAGUCUUCCUCUAGUCAAGAAGAUCCUCAGGACUACCUACUGCUAAUAAACUGCCAGAGUAAAAAACCUGAAUCUAUGAGCCAAGGGUCACCCUUUAUCUCUGAAGAAGGGCAGGAAUACCUUCUCUUAGAAGAUUUUGAAAGUAAAAAGGUUCCACUGCAAUCUCAUGCUGACUCUGCAAAAUCCAGCUCUUCUGAAACAGACUGCAAUGAUAAUGUGCCCUCCCACAAAAACCCCGCUCCAUCCAUGAGCAAGCAAGCUGUGAAUGGCUUUUUUCAGCAGCAAGGUGUCUAUGACUCUCCGCCUUCUCGUACUGGACUACCAUUGGCAGACUCCAGCCUUUAUAACCUGCCUAGGAGUUACUCACAAGAUGUUUUACCGAAGGCAGCAUCUCCAACAGGGACUGAUGCAGAAGGCGAGCAACAUGUUUUCAAUACGCCAUCAGCAACAUCGUCAUUAGAUGCACAGAUGAGGCACAUCUCCAUUAGUUAUGACAUUCCCCCUACACCUGGAGGUACUUAUCAGAUUCCAAGAACUUUUCCAGAAGGAACAUUGUCUCAGACUUCAAAAUUGGAGACUAUUCCAGAUAUUCCUCCACCUCGGCCACCAAAACCUCACCACGCUGCAGAUCGAUCUCCUGUGGAAACAUGUAGCAUUACUCGAACAGCUUCAGAUACUGAUAGUAGCUAUUGUAUCCCUACUGCAGGAAUACCGCCCUCACGCAGUAAUACCAUUUCAACUGUAGAUUUGAAUAUCUUUCGUAAAGAAAUUAGUUCUCAAGACUGUUAUGAUAUUCCACGAACGUUUCCGAAUGACAGAUCUAAUUCAUUGGAGGGCUUCCAUAACCACUUUAAAAACAGAAGCAUGUUGACAGUGGGAAGUGUUUCAAGUGAAGAACUAGAUGAGAAUUAUGUCCCAAUGAAUCCCAACUCUCCUCCACGACAGCAUUCCAGCAGCUUCACUGAACCCAUCCAGGAAACAAAUUAUGUUCCAAUGACACCAGGCACGUUUGAUUUUCCGUUAUUUGGAAAGCAAGUCCCUCCUCCCUCUCACAUGGGUUUCAGGUCCAGUCCAAAGACCCCUCCCAGACGGUCAGUGCCUACUGAAAAAUGUGAACCACCACCAGUGGAUCGGAACCUCAAACCAGACAGAAAAGGUCAGAGUCCUAAAAUUUUAAGACCUAAACCACAUGGUUUAGAGCGAACUGAUUCACAAACCAUAGGUGACUUUACUACAAGAAGAAAGGCAAAACCAGCUCCUCUAGAAAUAAAACCUCUGCCCGAAUGGGAGGAAUUACAAGCCCCAGUUAGAUCUCCUAUCACCAGAAGCUUUGCGCGAGACUCCUCCAGGUUUCCCAUGUCUCCCAGACCGGAUUCAGUUCAUAGCACAACUUCCAGCAGUGACUCGCACGACAGUGAAGAGAAUUAUGUAUCCAUGAAUCCAAAUCAGUCCACUGAAGACCCAAAUCUGUUUGGUAGCAACAGUCUUGAUGGAGGAAGCAGCCCCAUGGUAAAACCUAAAGGAGAUAAGCAAGUAGAAUAUUUAGAUCUGGACCUAGAUUCGGGAAAAUCUACCCCACCUCGUAAGAAAAAGAGCAGCGGUUCAGGCAGCAGUGUGGCAGAUGAAAGAGUUGAUUAUGUUGUAGUUGACCAGCAGAAAACACUUGCACUGAAGAGCACAAGAGAGGCAUGGACUGAUGGGCGGCAGUCUACAGAAUCAGAAACACCCACAAAAAGUGUGAAGUGAAAACUCUGCUUAUUCUUCAAGGAACAGAAAGGAAUGAAUUUCGAAGAUCUGACAAACCAUCGUGGCACUGUUGCUUGACUGUAUGGUAUUCACCAGUGUGUGAACAGGUUUUUGACUGAAUAGGAUGGAAGCCAAAGGACACUUCAUAAGCAUCAAUGGAGUUUAAGAUCAUAAAUUGGCUAUGUGGUCUCUGGAAAAUUUGCAACCUGUAAAUAACGUGUAAAAUAGUACCACUUUGCUUUCAGAAAACCUUUCGUUCUGUAGUUAACACAUUUGUAGUGUAUUACUAUGUUUAUGCACUUUUUCAGUUACAAUGUUGGUUCAGGUAUUCCCAGUUAGUGUACCUUGAUGCCUAAUUCAUUUGGAGAGUUUUUUUUCCUUACACUACUAUUCCUUACAAUUCUAGGUUAACUAAGCUACAUGUAGAUAUGGAAAUUAAUAUUUGAACUUCAUUUUAACAACUUAAAAUUGAUUUUUUGCAGAAAUACUUUCACAAUUGAAUAAUUUACUUGAAAUGUCAAGAGGUAACCGUUAGUUACGUACUUGUUUAUAUUUAAUACAUGCAAAAGAUUAUUUGGAAAUCUACAGGUUACCUUCCUAACAAAAAUUGCUGUGAUUUAAUAAUAAUGAACUAUACUGGGUUUAGACCUGCAAUACUGGCUAAUAUGUUAGUUGUUAGUGGUGGAACUUCUAUUGUAUUUUAUUAAUGACAGUGUUCUGUGUUUGAUAGGUGAAGAUUCUGCAGGGUGGGAUCUCACACUUUUUAAGACUGAGUAAUUAAAUAUCACGUAAGCCUGCAAACCACUGAUGGCAUGCAGUAAUAUUGUGAUCUCACACUUAUUAACAAAAAAUAACCUUUAUAUUAUUUACAGAAGGUAGAGUAUAUAAAUCAGGUACGUACCAAGCACUACUGUGCUAAUACACUGAUCAGGUUUAGACAAUGAGCUUUAGUUUUGUACUGUUUAGAAGUUCUAAUGUCGGUUUUCAGUUCAAGAUGAAUGGGACAGUUUGACGUUCACUGUUUAUAGUACUAGCAAAAUACUGUGAUUUUGAAUUAGACAUUAAUUCAAAUGGAAAUACUAUGUUUUGACACCGUAGUGCCCUUCUUACAAUCUUUAUUUUACUUUUAAUCUCCUGCUUGGCCUUAUAUUUAAAUCCCUAUGCAAAUGAUAUUUUAUAUCUCUGUUUUAAAAAUUAGAUAAUGUACUUAAAUGAUCCCCUUGUAAACCACUCGUUCCUCUUUCCUGGUACAGGAUUUUAAGCUCUGUAUACUGUGAUCCCUUAUUUUACUACGACAGUUCCAAAUAAUAAUCUGCCUUGAUUUAGAAACAAUUUUUUUUAUAUAUGGAAGAAAAUAGAUACAUGAACAGGAUAGAUCUAGGUAGAAAACUUACUAACCCCUUUUUUUUUUUUUCUCUACGCAACCGCCCUUAAGUAAGCUGUUGGUUUUGUUUUCUCACCCCAUUGUUUUGUUUUGUCUGUGUCACUUUAAAUUUUGAGUAUACAGCUCUUUUGUUUUCUGGCAUGUUGGCCUUAGUACUGUGCCUAAUCUACCAUUUGUUGGUUCUCUCCCCUCACAACCACAAUCUACCAUAUGUAAAUUAUGUUAUUUUUAACGAAGGUUCUUUUAAAAUUAGUAAUAUUUUGAUGCUUUUAAUGUUCAUUAAAAAAAAACACAAAAACAACUAAACAAUGGAUUUUGAGGUGAAUUUUAAAUAAAUCGAGUUGUUGAGUUUCGAUGUGUAA